UUGCCUGAGCUGGCAGACAGGCUGCUUGCCGGAGAGCAGCGAGCGCUCUCCCGAGUCAUAUCCAUGCUUGAGCGAGGCGACCCGUCCGCCGCCGACGUGAUGCGGCAGAUCGACUCCGCCACUGGGCGCGCCUACACCUUGGGGUUGACUGGUCCUCCCGGAGCGGGCAAGAGCACCAUCGUCGACCAGCUCACCCGGCACCUGCGCGAUCGGGACAAGCGGGUCGGCAUCAUCGCCGUUGAUCCAACAAGCCCCUUCAGUGGCGGCGCCCUGCUGGGCGAUCGCAUCCGGAUGCAGCGCCACUACCUCGACUCGGGCGUCUUCAUCCGCAGCAUUGCCACUCGUGGCCAGUCCGGGGGCAUUCCACGCAUCGUCAAGGGCGUCGCCCGCGCCCUCGAUGCCGCCGGCUACGACGUAGUCAUCGUUGAGACAGUCGGCGUCGGACAGACCGAGCUGGGGAUCAUGGGCGUCGCUGACACCGUCGCUGUGGCGCUGAUACCCGAGGCAGGCGACGCCAUCCAGGCCCUCAAGGCCGGCGUGAUGGAGAUAGCCGACCUCUACGUCGUCAACAAGGCCGACCGCCACGGCGCCGACCAGAUGGCCGCGUCGGUUACUGCCAUGCUCCAUAUGUCCCUGACAACCCCCGAAUGGGUGCCGCCCGUUAUGAUGACCGCCGCCCUCACGGGGCAAGGUAUCGAGCAACUCUGGGGCAAGCUCGAGGAGCACUUCGCUUACCUCAGCGACAGUGGCAAUUUGAGCAAACGCCGUGGCGAACACCGAACCCAGGAGUUCCUCGAGGUAGUCGAGGAGGAGUUGGUCCGCCGCCUGCGCCGCCUUGUUCAGACCGAUCCAGGCCUGCUUUCGGUUCUUGACCAGGUCGCGGUGAAAAACGCCGAACCCUACUCCGCCGCCCUCGAAUUCUUGGGCUCGUCCUCCCUCAACCCGGACGCCUUAACGGCACGGCAUGGAGUUGGAUUACCUGCCCAUGCCGUGCAGCGGCAGGGCAAAAGGGAGGUGAAAACGAUGGACUUGCAGAUUCAGGGGCGGAACAUUGAUAUCACGCGGUCGAUGAAGGAGCACGUGGCCGCCAAGCUCUCCUCCCUGGACCGGCACCUUCCCGCCAUCGCCCGGGCUGAGGUCGAAAUGGCCUCAGAGUCCACCCGCUCCCAGCAGGACCGGGUUGUGGUGCAGGUGUCGCUCAAGGUCGGUGGAGACCUCCUCAGGGCCCAGCGCCGCGCCGGCAGCGCAAGAGCCGCCGUGAACGCCACCGUAGACGCCCUCGAUCGUCAGCUCGACCGCUGGAAGGCCCACACCUACCGCAGCGAACGCCAGUCCCGAUACGCGCCCGAUGCAGACCAGGUCGUGGAAGCCUUAGCAGCCGAGGAUCUGCCGCCGCCCAACGACGAUAUGGCGGUGUUGGACCCCACCGGCGACCUCGUGCGAAUCAAGCGGUUCGACAUGGAGCCUAUGUCCGUUGAGAACGCAGCCCUCCAGAUGCAGUACCUCGACCACAGCUUUUACAUGUUCCUCGACGAGGAGACCAGCCGCUACAGCGUUCUUUACCGCCGCGCCGACAACAACUACGGCCUCAUCCAACCCAACGACCGGUAACCGGGGCCGAAGGCGCCAAAUACCGGCCAAUCAGGCUCCUGGAAACGCAGGAGCACUAAUAAAACAGGCAGGCGUUCAGCCUGCCUGUUCUAUUAGUACCUCGUGAUUCAGUUCUCGCGAACCUUGGUCAGAACUCCCUACCCCGCACCGUUCUGCCGGUCGUCGUUCCCGUUGCCGCUGCUGUUCCCACCCAUGGACAUGAAGUUGCCCAACAUGGACGUGAACUCCAUCGGGAAUAUCCACUUGGUGGACGGGGAUUCGCCCAGCGACUUAAGAGUGUCAAAAUACUGCAGGCUCAUGGUCCGACCGUCUGCCUGGUUGGCCACCGCGUUGAUCCGCUCCAAAGCCUCGCUGAACCCCAUCGCCCGGAGUACUGCGGCCUGCUGAUCGCCUUCAGCCUGCAGAAUGUCAGCCUGCCGCUCACCCUCUGCUUUCAAGAUGGCCGACUGCUUUUCGCCCUCGGCACGGUUGAUUGCGGAUUGGCGGGCGCCUUCGGACUCUGUGAUAUCCGCCGUCUUGAUCGCCUCCGCGGACUUUUCCCGCUCCAUCGCGGCCUUCACGCCGGGCGGUGGGUCUAUCUCGUUGAUCUCUACCUGCGAGACCUUUACGCCCCAACGUUCCGUGACCUCGUCCAUCCUCACCUGCAGCUGGUCACGGAUCCUCUCGCGUUCGGUCAGCGCGUCCGCCAGCGUAGUCGAGCCGAUCACGGCUCGGAGAGUUGCGAAGGCCAGAUUGAUUACCGCCAACUCAAAGUUCUGCACCUCCAGCACCGCGCGAUCAGCCAUGUUCUCCAUAAUCCGGUAGUAGAUGACGAAGUCCAUGUCCACCACGACGUUAUCAGCGGUGAUGUACUUCUGGGUCGGUACCCGCAACAC